AUGGGCGUUGGGGGCGGCGGUGGCUGUGGAGCACGGCCCGAGACCAGGCGCAGCUUCCCGGGCGGGCGCGGCGGCGUCGGACUUCCGAGGCGGCGGCUUCUGCCUCUGGUGCCGCCGCCGCCGGAGCUGCGGCUGCCGCGGAAGUUAAUUAGGGAGGGGGCGGCGGCGGGGGAGGGAGGGGGAAGGGGCCGGCGGGAGUCGCUCUCUGCUAGGCGGUCUCGGCGCCCGCAGUCUGGAGGCGCACCGGGGCGGCCGGGGCGCCCCCCGCGGGAGCCCGCAGCAACCCGGGCGCGCAUCCAGCCACAGCUCUCGGGCCGGGCACGCGGCGCCCGGGGGCUCAGCGGACCCCGCGUAGCCGCCGCCGCCGCCCACCGCCGCCGAGGAGCGUGUGCGGCGCGGGCUGGCCGGCGGGGCGGCGAGGGCCCGGCCCGCCUCCCCAGCACCCACCCCGGCUUCUCCCCCUGGCGGUGGAGCCUCGGCGACCGCCGGCGACACUGGGCGCGCUGGAGCCCGAGCCGAGCCGAGCCCGAGUCGCCGCCGCCGCCGCCGCCGCCGCCGCCGCCGCUCCCAGGCUCCCUCCCAGCGCGCCGGCCCGGGUGUGGGGGGCAGCGGGCCGGAGGGGCGCGGGCGGACGAGGGGCGCGCGCUACGAUCGGCGCCGGAGACCGGACCCUCGGCCGCGAGGGAUGUUGCUGGCCUCUGCUCUUCUAAGACUUCAGCUGCAGAACCCACUUGUGAACCCUCCUAGGGCUCUGGAGAAGAUGUAAUGGGAGAUUGAGUGUGGAAACUCUUUGGAAACCAUGAAGCACUCCGUAAAAGGUCUUGCUGUAACAAAAGUAAUCCCCAUCACCUGAAAGUGGAUUUCGUCAGAUGAAAAACGUAAAAAGUAGAUUGAUGUAAAAGCCCAGAUGAUGCUUUGCUGCUGGUCUCUGAGUAGCAAGAGUCAGGGCCCUUUCUGGGGUAUCUCUUCUUCCCUUGGCACAGAAAGCAUCAGGAAAAUGGUUACUGGCCAGAGGCUUAAAGACACAUGGGAAAUGCACGGUACCUCUGUAAGACCAGAAAUAAAACAGACAAGUUAAACAAAGAAGAGACACAUGAAUUAAAAUAUGACAUUAUUACACACACUGAGUUGGAGUGAAAGAUGGACCAUCCAGGCAUUCACUGGAUAUUAGUGAAGCUGUUUUUGAAGUUUAAUUUGAAGCCCCAAAUAAGAGUCAUCGUACCUAGCUACAGCCUUUCACUAGAAAGAAAAAAUUCAACAUUUUCUAUUAAGGAGGAACUAAAACUCAAAGGUACUGAGUUGUAAAGUGCCAAUUUACACAAAUCUCUUCCCUCCUCCAAAAGUUUCUAAUGAUUAUGGUUUCUGGAAAAUAAGGUAUCAUGUUUUCAAUGCACACUCAGUCUACAAAAAAGCCCUUCAAAAACUUUAAGCUAGAAAGACAGGUAAUUUUCCAGUAUCAUAGAGAUAAUUCACGCCAGUCACAAGAUGUACAUUUUUAGAAUUUGGAGCAUUACAAGGAGAGUAAAGCGUUUUGCAUGCAUAUGUUCAUGUGCAUACCCCCACAUCAUUAAAAUCUUCCAAGGUGUGACAUGCAUUUACAGAGUCACUCCCCUAGCAUUUCAACUGUGAGGCGUUUUUCUAGAAGAUUCGCUCAGUUGGCCGAUAGGCACUUUGGCAAUCUCAUACGUGACUUACAAACAUUGUGAUGUACUUGCCAGAAGUAAAUCCGACUUUGCUAAUCACUUAUCAGUUCUUUUACCCACUAUGGCUUUGUUUGAGAAGCAAUGUUGCUUGUCUUACCAAUAUAUAUUAUCCAGUUUGCAGAAAGUAUAAAUUAAUAUUGCAAACAGCAACAGGAUAUCCUGGGUGCAAAUUCCUGCGUCCUGGUGGGCACAGUGCUAUUUAGAACUAAUAGCUCUUUCUUGCACUAUUGCCACUGCCAAACAGACUGCUUAUGUGAUCUUUGGCUUUCUUCAUGUCUCUUGGGGGAUCAAUAGAAUGUUUCUAUUUUCCUAGAUGCCAACUUUGUCUCCUUUAUACUUUAAAAAUUCAGUAUUAGUUUAAGGAUACUUCAAGAAUACAGUAUUAGUUUAAAGGACUUUUCAAUUUAAAGCAAACUUGUAGAGAUUUAGUCACCCACGAUUGACUGAUGUUAGGUGAGUAGAAAAAAAAAUGUAGGUUGAUUUCAUACUCUGCCUUUCAGAUCUUUGAAGGGGAAAUAAAGUUUUUGAAAACUGUUCAAAUUUUUUAAAGUAACUUAAGCUACAUUGCUCUUCUGUUUUUAGCUAUAGAAAUGGGGAAGUGUAUAUAUCAGCUAUUUUUUCUUUAAGGACUUAUGUGAAUUUUUCUCUUAGCGUAAACAUUAAUAAUUGGAAAUUAUUGAAUUGUCAUCUUAAUGUUGCACAUGAAAUAAAUCUGAUAUGUGUAUUAGCAACAAAGACUUAUGUCCCAAACAGGAAAGAAUAAUUCAUGAAACCAAACUUGAAGUUCAAGCAGAACUGUGACAUUAACAAAUUUGUAUUUCCCUUUUUCUUGGCCCUGUUGGUCUUUGUGCAGUGUAUAAAUAACUACAAAUAAAGAACUAAUGAUCACA